AUGAUAUCAUCUUACGCUCUCGAUAGCGGUGUAAGGGAUCGAGAAUUUUGCGCAGGCGCAAACGCUACUGCAGACGCGAAUGCACCCGUCCAGUCCAAACACACGUACAAGCUUUCUUUCUUUCGCUCACGCGUGUCAAUCACUCCCUCACUCACCUUUUUCCUUCCCCUCUCAUUCUCCAAGUCUCUCUUCCUUUCUUUUUUCUUCGUUUUUCUCCCCAUCUCUUUCUCUAGCUCUUACGUAGCUUCUUUCCUGACAACACAUUCCAAACCAGUAUUUUUUCUUUCAGCUCUUGCAUCUCUCCUCCAUAAAGAAACUUCUUCUUCAAAGAGAGAUGAACUUCUUCUUCUGGACCUUCUGAAGAGACAGGAGAAGAGAAAAGUGCGGAGAGAGAAUGAGAUUUUCUUCUUCUGUUCCCCUUUCUCCUCCUUCUUCUUCUUUUUCCUUCUCUUUCUUCUGAAGAGACUCCUCUACCUGAAGCAGAGAGAAUGA